CUCAUUAGAGCAUAGUUCAAGGCUGCUGUACGGAUGUACAUUGCUAUAUAGGACUAUUGCUUAUAUUUCAAACUUAACAUAACAUAUUGUAUGUAACGUAUGUGUACAAAAGAGACUGUCUCAUAUUUUUCAUCACUGCAGUAAUUAGUUACAGCUGUACAGUAGGAAGUCAGGCGCACCGGGCAUUACGCGCAGCCAGUUCCAAAAGAAUCAGGAAGUUUCCAAAUAAAAUCUGUCACUGAUACACACUCUGAAGGAUGGCAGAUAAGGAACUCCAGAGGGUGAGGAAAGACUUUGUGGACAAAGUGUCAAAAGAAGGCAUUAAACAACUCCUGGAUGGUCUUUUGGAUGAUGGUGUAUUGAAUGAUGGGGAAAAAGAUUCAGUACUUGAGGAGAAUGUUAGCAGAGCAGAUAGGGCACGCUCUCUUAUUGACAUAGUUAAGAAAAAAGGCAAUCAAGCUAGCAGAAAGAUGAUUGCUCAGCUGCAGAGCAUAGACCCAACCCUGCACUCUGAGUUGGGUCUAUCCAGUGCCCAGCCUCCUCAGCCAGCAGGCGCAGUGGCUCAGAACGUAUCAGCUCCAUCAGUAUCCACCGUAGAAGAGUUCUGGAAACUCAAAAGGGAUGAUUCAAAGGUCUACCCUGUGACUCAGGACUCCUUUAGGAACCGUGUUGCGCUACUUAUCACUAAUAUGAAGUUUUCUGAUCAGAAAAUGGACAGAAGAGGGGCAGAGAAAGAUGAGGAGAAUAUGGAAAAACUGCUCUCAAGUCUGGGAUAUGAGGUGGUGAAAUAUACAGACCUAACUGGAAAGGCGAUCAAUGAUGGUUUGAUUCAGUUCGCUAAACAUCCUAAAUUAAAACAGACCGAUAGUGUUUUUGUGGUUAUCAUGUCCCAUGGGAAGCUAGGGAAAAUUCUUGGAGUUAACUGGAAAAAGGACAAACCAGAUGAAUUUCCAAUAGACAACAUUUUCAAACACCUGGGCUCUGAGAAAUGUCCUGCACUAAUAAACAAGCCAAAGAUCAUCAUCAUACAGGCCUGCAGAGGAGAACAAAGAGGAAGCGUUCUGGUCAGUGACAGUCCAAAUGCAGCUGCUGAUGUUCCACAACCUGAUGACUUUGAAGCAGACAAGAUUCAACUUGUACACCAAGAAAAAGACUUUAUUUGUCUUUUGUCCUGCACGCCUGACACCGUGUCAUACAGACAACCUGAUCGUGGGUCUAUCCUCAUCCAGUACGUUGUGGAGUCUUUCAGUCCAGAUUCAUAUCAGGAUCACAUUUUUGAUCUCUUCCAAAAGGUCAUGCGGCGUGUUGAAAGCUUCAGGAGCAACAACAAACUUCAGAUGCCAACUAUUGAUAGAUGCACGCUGAUAAAGAGCUUCUACCUCUUUCCAGGCCUCCUGGGCAACAACAACACCAAUCCAUAAAACUAUAUUAGAAUCACUGAUUCGACUGACUCGUUGCAAACUGCUGGGUUUCCUUAAACAUAAAACGUUUAAUUAAUGUGACUAAUAGAAUGAAUUUAUCUGCAUUGUCUGCCAAGUAUCUAUUUGAAUCGCAUGUACUAGAUGCUAAAUCUGUGUUUGUGUAGAUAAACACAUAAUUAAGUUAACUCAAUUAUGUGUAUAUGUAGCAGCUUUAUCUGGCUGCUUUCAAAUGGAGGACACCACUCAGACCAGGAAUCAGGAUCUGCAGUUUUAUUUCACCACACCUAUAGGAGUAGCGGGGGACACAGUCAGUAAACACACACAGGCUGUUAGGUGCUCUCAGUCUCAAAAGCUUCCAGAGCUUUGCCGUGCAGAUAGAGCCACGCCACUAUCACACUAUACAAGUAAUUAAAGCCCCCCCG